AUGGACGAUGCGAACUUAGGCGAAAACAUCGAUGGCCAAGCACAGAUCAUUGAUGACUUUGAAAGCGAGAAGGGUCAAGAUGGCGUUAUGAGUGAUCAGAUACACCUCGAUCCCAGUCGAUGGUGGUUUGCUUCGGCAGCAUUUCCUAUGAUAGCCGGUACGCUCGGACCAGUGGCUUCAGCUUUCAGUAUAUGUGCUCUAGUCAAGUAUUGGAGACAACACAUUCUACCGGAUUCCGAUGUUACCAAGGCCGUGUUCAUUAAGGAUCCGCCAUGGCUGACGAUCGUGAAUGCCGUCCAACUAGUCAUCGCUCUAGUUGCGAACGCGUUCCUCUUGUUAAACAUGACUAAGAGAGUACGCUUCUCAAUCGCACAGCCCGUCACGAUAAUUGGCUGGUAUAUAUCAGCAAUAUGCCUCAUAGCUCUAUGUGCCACAGCAUCCGGACCGCUGGAUCUUCAACCUCAGAUCGAAUAUGUCUGGUCUCAAGCCUUCUAUUAUGGAAUGUAUGCGGCUAUCCUAUACUUCAUAGUCGCCACGUUGAUGGUUAUCACCGUGUGGGGCGCAAACAGAGGACACUAUGGCAAGGAUUUCGAGUUGACGACUAGUCAGAGAACAUUGAUGCUUCAGACUAUCGUCUUCCUCGUGUACUUGCUCUUGGGUGCAUUGAUCUUCUCCAAGAUUGAGGGUUGGAAUUAUCUUGAUUCCGUGUACUGGGCCGACGUCACUCUUUUUACCGUAGGUUUCGGCGAAAUCUCCCCGCAAACUAGGCUCGGUCGUGGCCUGCUCGUCCCAUACGCGCUUGUCGGCGUUAUAAGCCUCGGUUUGGUCAUAGGAUCAAUUCGAAGUAUGAUCCUGGAUCGAGGUAAGCACAGACUCGAUGCGCGAAUGUUGGAGAGACAGCGACGUCUAUCAAUUCGGCGUGCUUUGAGGAAAGGAAAGGGCGACAUUCUCAAACCGAUUGACGGUGAUGCUGUCGAUGAUCCCCACUUGACGGAAUUUGAACGCCGACAGAAGGAAUUUCAGCUUAUGCGGAGAAUUCAAUCGCAGAGGGAAAGAUGGACGGCAAUGGCCGUAUCCACCAGUACUUGGGUAGUGCUCUGGCUUGUCGGUGCGAAGAUCUUCCAAGAAUGCGAAUCGCCUUAUCAAGGGUGGACUUAUUUUGACGGCUUCUAUUUCGCAUUCACGGCCCUAACAACAAUCGGAUACGGAGAUCUAACUCCAGUAUCAAAUUCCGCUAAGGCCUUCUUCGUCUUCUGGUCUCUACUCGCCUUACCUACUAUGACUGUUCUCAUAUCUAACGCGGGGGACACAAUUGUAAAGGGCGUCAAGGACGGUACCCUUUUACUCGGAAACAUAACCAUCUUACCCGGAGAACACGGGUUUAGGAAAGAGAUAAAACAGAUGUUAGCAAAGUUAUCCUGUGGUGUACUGUUUUUAGAUGAGGUCAUUGAAGAGGACCCUCCGGGCUUUAUAGGAGCAGCUCGAGCACGCUCGGAUACUGACGAUGAAGAAGAGGACGACGACGACGAAGGGGAAGGUAACGAAGGUGAUGAGAAUAAAAGAACUGGGUCGUCUAGAACAAAUAAUAUAAAUAAUGCGGAAAGCAACAAGCGAGCCGAUAAAGAUGCCAAAAAUGCGGAAUCUGCGCCGACGUCUCCUCUCAGAAGGGAUACCCCAACUGAAAGGAGUGUCAAUGCGUUAGAAUCCACGAUUAGUUCAUCGCCUACCGGAAACACCAGAUCAAAGUCUCCAGGGCGCUCCUCAAUAGCCCGGGACAGUUUGCCUACCGAAUUACCCAAAACUCGUCCGGAAUACCAUCUCGUUCUUAUCGACGAGAUCUCACGCGUAACGAAGCACUUGCGACACUCGCCGCCACGAAAAUACACUUUCAAGGAGUGGGCCUGGUACCUACGUCUAAUAGGCGAAGACGAAAGCGACGCCGAGAACCACAGACUACCUGAGAAGCACCCGCUUCCGCACGGUCGCCAGCAUCUCAGCGCGCACGGCGACAACACAUCCUCAGAACCUGGCGCUGAAUCUAGCAUCACCAAUACCAACACUAACGACAGCGAAACCAAAAAAGAAGACGGAGAAGAAGCUGAAACCUCUACAACUGAUAAUAAAACCCCGAAAUGGAGCUGGGUCGGACACCGGAGUCCUUUAAUGGACACACGCGAGGAAGCGGAGUGGAUCCUCGACAAACUGGAGCAAAAGCUCCGCGAAGAGUUACGGGCCGUAGUCAAGGAAUCGGGUGGUCAAGAUGCGCUACACGAAGUCGAGGAAGAAGAACGGAUGAACGAGCAGAAGAAAACCGUGGGUUCGUAUUAA